UUAAAACCUCCAAAACUCUCCAUGCCACUUCGGCUUCGUCCUUUCAUCGGAACCAAAUUGGAGUCGCACUCAACUCAACUGGCCGGAAAACGCAUCGGAGUUUCCGUCAGCCGUCAGAAACUGUUUUAAAAUCCGUCGGAGUUUUCCUAUUUUACGAAUUUUCCUUCCCCUCUUCUGUUGCCACACUCCAGACUCUGCACCGUGAUUCCACAAUUGCGCCCUAAAGCAGCGCGAUUGACAAUAUAACUAGGAUUCAAGAAAAGGAAAGCCAAACGAGAGUCUAUUGAUAAUGAGGGAGCAAUCUGAAAGCGGGAGCAGGAGUGCCAAGCCUAAAACAAGCACAAGGGAGAAGAAGAAAAAUGAGUUUGAGUUCUGUAAGGUCUGCAAAAUAAAUCACGACCAAGGUCUCAAACACAAGUACUUCCCUAAGCACAAACAAUCCCUUUCCACAUUCCUCUCUCGCUUCCAAAACAAACUCUCUGAUGUUCGCAUCUUCCUCAAAACACCUUCCCCUCUUAGUCCCCAACUUGCUUCUCGUAAUCGCUUAUGGUGUGUUUUCUGUGACCAAGAUAUCGACGAGCUCUCUAGUUCCUUUGCCUGGCAGUGAAAAUGCAAUUCGUCACCUAGCAAGCGUCGAACAUGUGAAGAAUUUGAAGCACUUCUUUUGGAAAUAUGGUGGCAACACGGAUCAGCUGGAUUUGUUUACAGUUUCCGAUAAUGACGUUGUGAAGUGGGAAAAGAGGUGCAAGGCCCUUAAUAAAGAAGCUUCGUUGCAAAGUGAGGGGAGUGCUGGAGCAGUUUUUGGACCUUCAAGUGAUAUCCACAAUCAAUUGAACAAUGAAAAUAUUGAUAGUUUUGAAAAUAUUUAUUCCCAUUCUGUGAAAUCAUAUCCUUCAAAUGUUGUUUUGCCUUUACACUGCUACACAAAAAAUGAGUAUCAGGUAUCCUCUUCAGAACACUCUGGAGUUGGAAAUACUGGCCUAUUAGAUAUCAAUAACACUUCUUUACCUUCAAAGGCGUGCUCUAGUGCAAAUCCUCCUGCUUUGCAGGAUUUUGCAGUGGAAAGGAGAAGCCAUUCUCUCUCUUCUAAUGGUAGACAAUUGUCAAGUGAUGAUUACUCCUCUAAUAAAACUCUUCUUGAUAAUGGUAAAGUGGUCAACGGAGAGCUCAUUCAGCAAGGUAUACAGAUGCUCACCCGAAUCUCGUUUGUGCUUGCUGAAAAUAAUGGUGGAAAUGUUCAUUCUGGAGCACCUCCACCUUGGUUUGAAUCAACUGAGGGAGUUCAGAUACCUUUUAAGCCUGUUUUAGGAGACAGCGUCUCCCAUUCAAACAAGUCAGGGAAGCACAAAAAGCUGAAUCCUAAACGCGUUGGAGCUGCUUGGGCAGAAAAGAGAAAGAUUGAAAUGGAGAUGGAAAAGAGGGGGGAGAUUGUGGGGAACGAAUGUGAUGCCAACUGGCUUCCUAAUUUUGGUAGAGUUUGGCAAUCUGGUAGCAGAAGAGAAUCCAAAAAAGAAUUUGAAAAGGAGAAACAUGAGUUGUUAAAUGUUGAAACUCAAUCUGAGAUGCCAAUCAAGAUACAACCUUAUGUUAGCAAAAGAAUGCGGAUGGAUAAUGGCAGUGAUCAUACAAGUGGGUGAAAUUUCUGGUGGCAAACAUGUUGGGGGAAUCAUCUUAAAUGUAUAUACGCAUUUCAGCUUCUUUUACAUUGGUGACUUGUGAUGGAAUUAACGCGAUGAAACAUGGUGCGUUCAUGUCAAUGCGGUCUUUGUUAGCAUUGACAACAACCAUAACAAUGGUUCAGUAAUACAUGUAAUGCAUUAAGCAAUGAGUGAAGGCUGUUGCUCUAUGAUUGUGAUCAUAGGGAAUCCAUUGUACAUUUCAUGUCACAUCAUUUUUAUGCGUAAUCAGCUUGUUGCAAAUGCUGAUUAAAAAAAUGACUAGCAUGCAAGUCAUUUUUUAAUAGGGAACUUCAACAAUUCACAUUAAUAUAUAAUAUCAUUCAACUGUGCAGUUA